AAGAUUUCCUGAUAGCUUUUGGCAUGAAAACAAAUUGGUGAUAUUUGAAGCAAUUAAGUCAUAACACCACCAUGAACUUGGAAAGGAGUAUCAGAGCGAGCAGAAGCUCUGCCAAGACUCUACGAAAGCCAUUGGGGCCAGUAGUAUGCAGGAGGCAUAAAUCUGGUCCGUACGGCUAUACGCAAGCCAAAGCUCUGGUUUACUCCAAAUAUGGAGAGCCAUCUGAUGUCCUUUCCUUACACACUCACUCGAUCUCCCCCUCAUUACCUUCAAACUCUCUCCUUCUCCGAACACUAGCAACGCCCAUCAACCCCGCAGACAUAAACCAAAUCCAAGGCGUCUACCCCUCCAAACCCCCCUUUACAUCCCUACUUGGGACAUCCUCUCCAUCCGCCGUAGGAGGCAACGAAGGAUGUUUCGAGGUCAUGUCCGUUGGCUCGUCCAUCAAAUCAGUAACGAAAGGCGACUGGGUGAUAAUGAAGCACACUGGCUUCGGCACAUGGCGGACUCACGCUCUAGCAGAAGAGAAGAACGUACUGAGAGUUGAGAAAAAGGGCUUGAACGUAGUACAAGUCGGCACUGUGUCGGUCAAUCCAUGUACAGCUUAUCGGAUGCUGAAGGACUUUGAGAGUUUGUCAGAGGGAGAUUGGUUUAUUCAGAACGGAGCCAAUUCUGGAGUUGGGAGAGCGGCUAUACAGCUGGGCGCUGCGUGGGGUCUUAAGUCUAUAAACGUCAUUCGGGAUCGUCCAGAUGCUGCUGUGACGCAAGCUAUGAAGGAUGAGUUACUGGGAUUGGGAGCUACGAAAGUGGUUACUGAGAGCGAAUUGAUGGAGAAAGGUUUCUCUGAACAAGUCAAAGAGUGGACGAAUGGCGGAAGAGAACAUAUCAAGGUCGGACUGAAUUGUGUUGGCGGAAAGCCUACCAGCGCAUUGGUGAAAUGCUUAAGUCAGAGCGGACACUUGGUCACAUAUGGUGGAAUGUCAAAACAACCUCUGCAACUACCGACUGCAGCUCUGAUCUUCAAGGACAUCAAGUUUAGUGGAUUCUGGGUUAGUAGGUGGAGCGAUGCGAAUCCUGAAGAGAAGCAAAGGACUGUUGAUGAGGUUCUAGAAAUGACUAAGGAAGGGAAGUUUAAGGAUAUUCCUGUGCAAGAGCUGAAAUGGGAUUGGGGUACUGAAGAAGGCACGUUGAAAGAAGCCAUUCAAGGGACGCUUGGAGGCUUCAGAGCUGGGAAGGGAGUCUUUGUCUAUGGUGAUACAUAGGUAGGACUCAAUCUAACUGUUCAAGCAUGUGCGUUCAAAGCGGUCAAGAAGUCAUGAGGUUCUUCGAGGAAGAUUUCAAUUCGUCGUAUAGUACCGGCAGCGAGGGUCAUUAGCAAGUGCUCAAACUAGCUCGUCACGAAAGGG